AUGACCACCGCCGAUGGAUUCGGAGCCCGUAAGGUCCGCCGACUCUCCAGUCUGGACGCCGAUCGGGCCGACCUCUACGGAGGCCCCAACGUCGUCAUGCCUCCAAAACACUUGAUGGCCUCUCAUGGCCGCGACCUGGCCUCUGAAAUAGCCAAGGCCAACCACCAUCUUGACGAAGAAGCCAGUUCCUCAGACGCCAGUUCCUCCGAAGCCAUUUUCUCAGAUGAAGAGUCCUCUCAAGUGACUACCCCCCUGUCUCCCCCGCCAAUGACUAUCAGCGAUGAUUUUGCACUGGCCUUCGAUAUCGAUGGCGUCCUUAUCAGAGGCGGCCAGGCCAUUCCCGAGGCCGUCGAGGCCAUGAAGUACAUUAACGGCGAGAAUCCAUAUGGAAUCAAAGUACCAUACAUUUUCCUCACCAACGGAGGCGGCAAGACCGAACAAGAACGAUGCCAGGAUCUCAGUCGUCAGCUCGAGUAUGAAGUGUGCCCGGGGCAAUUCAUUUGCGGCCACACUCCCAUGCGCGAAAUGGUGGAACGGUACAAGACCGUCCUGGUGGUAGGCGGCGAAGGCGAGAAGUGCCGCAUUGUCGCCGAGGAAUACGGAUUCGAGAAUGUCGUGACGCCGGGAGACAUUAUCAAGACACGACACGACACGACGCCUUUCCGCAAAUUGACCGACGAGGAAUUCAAGAACUCACGGGUGCUCGAUCUCGAUUCCAUCCGGAUUGAAGCCAUCUUCGUCUUUGCCGAUAGUCGUGACUGGGCGGGUGACCAGCAGAUUAUUCUGGACUGCCUGAUGUCCAAGGAUGGCCAGCUAGGCACACGCUCGGAAACGUAUGACGAGGGUCCGCCAAUCUACUUCUCCCACAAUGAUGUGGUGUGGUCCACAUCGCAUGAGCACUCACGCCUCGGCAUGGGCGCUCUGCGCGCCUCUCUCGAGGCUCUCUACAAGGCCGUCGUCGGCAAGGAGCUGAAGACCGUUGCCUUUGGCAAGCCACAGGUGGGCACAUUCCAAUUUGCCACCCGGCUUUUGCAGCAGUGGCGCAGCGAUUCUCACGGCAUCGACACGCCACCUUCGACAAUCUACUUUGUUGGCGACACUCCCGAAUCCGACAUUCGCGGGACGAAUGAAUUCAAUGAGAUUUCGGAGAACGAAUGGUACUCUAUCUUGGUCCGAACUGGCGUCUACCAGGAAGGCACCAUCCCACGCUUCCCACCCAAGAAGAUCGUGAACAACAUUUACGACGCCGUAAAGUUUGCAAUCGACCGUGAGCAGCAGAAGUUCUACUCGAAGAAAGGUCCCGCUAGGGACGGCUUACCAGAGGCUGGCAUGGAGAGCAAGCUCACAAACUAA